AGCGGAUUAGACCGGAAUCUGUGUCGUUCAGUCCAGUGUUUUGAAACGAAGGAAAUGGUCAGGUGGAAAGCGCGUCGAAAUUAAAAAGUGUCCCUUCUAAUAGCGCUUUUCUUCUGAAUUAUGACACACAGCUGUUGAAAAUAUUAAUUUCGAGAUUGUUUAAACUUGAGUUAAGUUGUAAACAAUGGAAGCGCUUUGGACCAAGAAAAUCGAAGACCCUCUUUCAUUGAUGAGUUUCAUCAUUCCACCAUCAAGGUUACUGUCUGCAGCCAUGUGGCAGGUGAUUGAACAGAGACAGGUAAAGCACUAUGGGAUGCUGGAGGAGUUUGUAACCAUGGUGACAGAGACUCUGCCAGAGUUUCUGAAUUACAAUCAAAGAACUCAGCUGAUAUUUGGCUUAAGAGCAAGGCGUCUUUUGGAGUUGUGUCGUGGUAAAUAUCAGGUUGACCUGGAAGAUAUUCAGCCUCACCUGGAUCGAAUCCAUGCUCCUCGUGUCAUCAGUGCAAUCAAUGAGGUGGUUGAUGAAGACAUGGAGGAAUCUGAGGCCUGUUUCUUGGACCUCAUUCGGACCCUUAUCAGCAGCCCUGAAGAGAGAGAGAAUUUCUUCCAGAACAUUUUCCCAGAAGAAUACGGCCCCAAGUUUGACAAAAACAUACAGACACUUAUGGAAGACUUCCUCUUGCAGUUUGAUUGGAUGAUGUCAGUCCCAGAACUUUCACAGACCGUCUCUUGGCUCAGGACCUGCCCGUCGCUUCUGGAGCAAUGCCUUCAUUCAGUUUCAGUCCCAAAGCAGAUGAAGACCCUUCUUGAACAUCACAGAUCUAAUGGAAAUCUUCAGGACAAUGAGUAUGUUCACUCUGCUUAUAACAGCUGUACAUUUUCAUCUCAGUCUCUUCCUCCACUGGUUCGAGCCGUCAUUUCCAGCAAUCACUCAGAAUCUGGUGACCCGUCUGAAUCAGUAGACGAUUUAGAUGGUCAAGACAAAGAUGAAUGCCACACUUCAAAAAACGUGUCUGAUCCCGACACGCUCGGCUGGAUGGCUAAAAAGAGAAAAUUAAAAGUAGAGAUAGAGGAGAGAGAGGAUGAAGAGGAUGAUGAUGAUCAGAACUGGCCAAUCACAGGUGCCGGAUCUAGUAGAAAGAUUAACGGUUACGUUGAUUGCUCUCUUGGUGAAGAGCUGAAUCAGACACACACCAAAAAAACCUCCAAAAAAUCCUUUAAAAGGAAAAGAGACGUGUCCAGAGAGUUCACAUUUAUCGAUCAUUUGGGUGCAUACACAGAAGAGUCUUCCUACCAGACCUCUGAUGCUUCAAAAGUCCCUUGGUCAGAGGAGGAAACUCUCUGCCUCAUUGACAUAUGGGGAAAAGACGGCGUCCAGCGGAGUCUAAAAGACUGCGCCCGCAACCGACACAUAUUCAACCUCAUCUCUAAGAAGAUGUUCGAGAGAGGCUUUACCAGAACAGCAGAGCAGUGUCACACCAGGAUAAAACGCCUGAAAAUGAGCUUUCGACAAUGCCAUGAAAACAUUGUGAAAGGAGAGAAACCGGAAUGGAAGUUCUAUAAUGUGCUGGAGAAAAUUCUGUGCCGUAAAGAAUCUACAGAACAGGAAGACACUAUUACUGACGUCAGCAUUCCAGAAGAAUCCUCAGGACAGCAGGCAGAAGACACUAAUUGGGAUGUUCUCGGUCACGUCGGACUAGAGGGCACCAGGAAUAUCCCAUGGACAGACCAGGAGACGCAAACCCUCAUCAGGAUCUGGGGAGAGGACAAAACCCAGCGAGAGCUGAGAGGGGUUCUCCAGAACGGACACAUCUUUGCCAUGAUCUCAAAAAAGAUGGCCGCUCACGGUUACAUCCGAACAGCAGAGCAGUGUCAAAGUAGAGUGAAAAGACUGAAGCUGUGCUUCAAACAGUCUUACGAGAGUAAACACACUGAGGGCAAAGAACAUGUAGAAUUUAAAUUCUAUAAACAGAUGGAGAGAAUUAUGGCUAAUGAAGAGCCAUGCUCAUCACAGAUCAAAGAGGAGGACUCAACGGACAUUGAAUAUCAGGUGUACAAGUACCAGAAAAUAGAAACAGCAAUGAACUGCAUGGACGAUAGAAAGAAGGUCGCAUGGUCCGAUGCUGAGACAGUGAUUCUCCUCCAGUUAUGGGGCAAUGAGCAAGUCCAGCAGAACCUUCAACGCUGCCCUCACAAUGGACACAUCUACUCCGAGAUCUCAGAGAAACUGAAUGCCCACGGAUACCUGCGCUCCGCUGAGCAGUGCCACACCAGAAUCAAACGACUCAAAAUCAGCUAUAGGCAGUGCAGGGACAGCUUGAGUUCACCUGAAGCUGAACGUGUAGAAUUCAAGUUCUAUGAUCUGAUGGAAGAUAUUUUUCGAAGGAAUGCUUCCUCCAAAGUGUCAGGAGAUAACGAACCCAACAAUAGCAUCAAAUCAGACUCCCAGGAUAUCUGCGGCAGUUUAAACCAGACAACAUCCUGGUCAGACUCUGAAACUGUAGCUCUGAUAGACAUAUGGGUGGAAGAUGAGGUGCAGGAAGCCCUGAGAGGAUCCGACCAUAACAUCCACCUGUUUACUGAUAUAGCAGAGAGAAUGAACAAUCAGGGAUUCUUAAAAACACCAGAGCAAUGUAGAUGGAAAAUCAAAAACCUGACAAAGAAUUUCCGACAGUGUUACGAAAGGAAAAAAUGUGGCAUAGAGAACGUAGAUUGCAAGUACUAUGAUAAACUGGAGCAGGUUCUGGGUGAUGAUGAGGCCUUUUCCAUGGUUGUCUAUGAUAAAGAUGCAGAAUACCAGGAGGCAGCCAUGGUAGCCGUAUCUGAAUCCAGCAGGAAGAUGACCUGGUCGGAUCGGGAGACGCAGGCCUUGCUGGACAUUUGGGGCGAUGACCGUGUGCAGCACAGCCUCAUGUCCUGCCCGAAAAACGGGCACAUAUACAGAUAUAUUUCAAAAAGAAUGAUGGCACUGGGUUUCAACCGAACAGGCGUGCAGUGCCAUUCACGUGUGAAAAGACUCAAGUCCCAGUUUUACUAUGAUGGCAGGGAGGAGUGUAAAUUUUAUGAUCAGCUGGAACAGAUUAUUUUAAAGGACAGAACAUCUGAAGGCCAGGACAUCAGUGAGCUGGAAUCCAUAACGGAUUCUGAUUCAGACUCCCUAGCUCUCUCCAAACCUCUCACUGUGGACGGGCCGAAGCUGGCAUGGGGUGACAGUGAGACACACACUCUUAUAUCCAUCUGGAGGAGUGAAGCCAUCCAGGAGAGGCUGAAAGGCUGCAUCAAACGCAAACCUGUCUUUCAGCAGACUGCACUCGCCAUGGCUGAGAAGGGCUACAGCAGGACAGACGAACAGUGUCGCUCCAGGAUCAAAAGACUGAAGGCCAGUUACCGCCAGUGCCUUGACAAUUACAGAAAUGAAGGGGAGCAGAUGGAGGGGAAGUUCUUCAAACAGCUAAAUAAAAUAUUUGAGAAAUACCCUCUAGAUGAUGCCGAAACCACCAUGGCUCAGGAGCCAGAGGCAAUUGGGAGACAAAAACACUAGCAGGUCUGCAAAAGCACAGAGCUCAGUUUGAUUACGCUACACUAGUCUGGAGGGGGAGCGAGACCCAUAUUCUCCUGGAUAUCUGGGCUGAGGAUUAUAAACCACAUCUGACUGAGGUACUUUCUGUCAUGCGGACUGUGGAGGAUGGCAAAAGGACACACACAAACCUUUAAUCGGCUGAAUUCCAAGCAUGAACUUGUCACUGAAAAAUCCAACACUUCCACUAUCAAGCAACAGAAAUACAGAACCUUAUUUGUUCAAGUUCUCUGUGCAUCAAAAUGCAGCACACUGGCACUGUAUUAAGCACAUUUCUGUAAAUCUGAAAGAAUUUGCAUAAUGGUGCUGUUGCCAUGUGGUCUCACAUUUUCACAGGGUCAAGUUUAACACUGAACUUUAAUUUGUCUCAGCUGCUUGGCGAUUUGCCUAGUAAAUUGAGAACUUGCGUUAGUCCAGAAGCCAGAGGUGUACUGAAUAAUAUGAUCCUUACAACCAUGGAACUGACUCAAAUAACAGGAAUUAGAAGAACGAAGUCUGAACUGAAGGAAAAGUCUUUCAUUGUAACAAAUUAUAGAACAUAUUGGAAUAACUGUGAGGAAUUUAGUAAAUCUUUUUCUUCCUGGUGCAAAAUGAUUUCUCCUCAGAGUGCAUAAUCUUUAAAAAAAAAAAAAAAACUUCCAGAAAUUGGAUUUAUAUUGUAUAUUUGUAUUAUAAAAGGAAACAAAUUUGUGCUACAUGGGUAAAAACACUGAAAAGAAUUUCCUUUUUGUACAUAAGCAUUAGCUUUUCAAGUAUAUUUGCUAGAUUUAUCAAAAUUGAAUAUAUUCAUUAUACAAAUGUAAGUUACUGUUACACAGGUUAAUGCCAAAGCUCACUGCUCAAAUCUCAAUCUCUUUUUAAGAGUAUCCAAUGUGUAUUGGCAUGAGCCAAAUUAAGGAUGAAUUUCACAUCCAGUCCGAAUCGGUACAGGAUAUUUGUGUACAAAAACACACUGCAUUAUUCAGUGUUGGUGGAAAAGUGGACAAUAUUUUUGUUAGUGAGUUUAUCCAAUAUGCUUCUAAAUUUGUGAGGUGGACAACAAAGUUUUUUGAGAGGUUUUAAUCUCACAUUGCUUUUGUUCUUAGGUAUUUUACUGUGCAAUAAACAGAUUAUUUAUUGGUUUGUUUGUUGAAAUGAUUUGUCCAGCAUGAUUGAGAUAUCACAGUGACUAGGACAACAAGCCUUCUGGAUUGAAGAAAUUAUUGUUGUAAACCUUAAGGAAUAGUUCACCCAAAAAUGAAAAUUUGCUGAAAAUGUACUCACCCUCAGGCCAUCCAAAAUGUAGAUGAGCGUUUAGUUUUUUUCUUUCAUUGGAACCAGUUUGGAGAAAUUAGGCAUUGCAUCACUUACUCACCAAUGGAUCCUCUGCAGUGAAUGGGUGCCAUCAGAAU